AACCUGUGAUGGGACAAGAAGAGAGCUGUAAGCUGCAGCUGGGGAGCUUUAGGUUGGGCAUCGGGAAGAAUUUUCUUCACAGAAAGGGUGAUCAGAUACUGGAAAGGGCUGCCCAGGGAGGUGGUGGAGUCACCGUCCCUGGAGGCGUUUCAGGAAGGACUGGGCGUGGCACUUAGUGCGGUGUUCGGCAUAGGUUGGACUCGAUCGGAGACAUCUUUUCCAACCUAACUGGCUCCGUGAGAACACCCGAACAAACAGAACAAAAAGAAACAAAACAAACACAAGCCCAACCAGCCGAAGGCGCAGAGCCGCACCGCGGCACGGCCCGUGAGGCGGCGCUCCCGCCCCUGCCCCGCGUCCUCCGGCCGCCAGGGGACGCGCGCGGGCCGCUCCCGCCGGACGCCGCGCGGCCGCUUCCUGCCCCGCGCGCGGCACCGCCCGCUCCGCCGGCCGCAGGUGCGUGUCCCGGGAAUCAGGGACGGGGUGGGCUGGAAUGUGUUGGAAUGGAAUGGACCGGCUCGACCCGGCCCGGGCCAAUGCGGGUAGCGGGGGCAGGAGGCGUGGCCUGGCCGAGCCGGCUUUGCCCCCUUGGGAUGCAGGUUCCCUGUGAGCCCGGCCUGCUCCACGCCUGGCCUGGCGGCUUCCGGCUGCUGCCUGCGCCCUGUCUUAUCUCAUGGUUUUUGUUUUUCAUUUUUUUUAUCUAUAGGUUUUGCCCGAAUUUUUAGGUUUUUUUAUCUAUAGGUUUUGUUGUCCGUGUGGUAAACGCCUGCCUUGUGCCAGGAUCAGGGACACGGGCUCAGUGUAAAUCCACCCGAAGGCAGCUAGAAAUCAGCCGUGAUAAAGAGCCUCAGGGGAGACCGCGACUUGGCCUGAAGGGCUCGGCUGUGCUGCGGGCUUGCGAGUGCCUGGGGUUUCCUUUUGCCGAGCCCCACACGAGUAAUGGCCACCUACACUUGCAUCACUUGCCGUGUGGCUUUCAAGGAUGGUGACAUUCAGCGUGCCCAUUACAAAAGCGACUGGCACCGGUACAACCUGAAGCGUAAAGUUGCUGACAUGCCUCCUGUUACUGCUGAGAAUUUCCAAGAGAGAGUCCUGGCACAGAGAGCAGUAGCAGAGGAGCAGAACAAAAUCACUGCCACUUACUGCACAGUGUGCAGCAAGAGGUUCUCCACCUUCAAUGCCUAUGAGAAUCACCUGAAGUCCAAGAAGCACCUGGAGCUGGAGAAGAAAGCUGUCCAAGCUGUCAGCAAGAAGGUGAAAAUAUUAAAUGAGAAGAAUCUGGAAAAGGGGCUGGCCCCAGAGAGUGUAAAUAAAGAUGAAAUGAACACAGCUAUUCAGCAAGCCAUCAGAGCCCAGCCAUCUUCAUCUCCAAAGAAGACACCUCUACCUCCUAGUCAUGCGAGUAGCUCUCCAGUUUCCAGGGAAAGCACCAGCUUGUCCCAGAGCAGAGAACGACCAGAAAUACCUCCACGGCUGCAGUGGUUUGAACAGCAAGCGAGGAAGCUGGCCAAGCAACAGGCAGAGGAAGAAGAGGAUAAUGAGGAAGAAGACUGGGAAGAUAUGGAUUCUGAUGAAGACAUUGGCUCUGAUGAAGAUAUGGAAAGUGUGGAAGAAGAAGAAGGGGAACAGCAGGCAGAGGCUGAAAGCAUUCCUGCUGUCGGGGCCAUACCAGUCACAGACUGCUUGUUCUGUUCCCAUCACUCAAGAUCUCUCACAAAAAAUGUGGCGCAUAUGACAAAAAUCCACAGCUUCUUCAUUCCAGACAUAGAGUACCUUGUGGAUCUCAGAGGACUAAUCAAGUAUCUUGGAGAGAAAGUUGGUGUUGGGAAAAUCUGCAUCUGGUGCAAUGAAAAGGGGAAAUCCUUCUACUCUACGGAAGCGGUCCAGGCUCAUAUGAAUGAUAAAAGCCAUUGCAAACUCUUCACAGAUGGAGAUGCUGCCCUGGAAUUUGCAGAUUUCUAUGAUUUUAGGAGCAGUUAUCCUGAUCAUGAGGAUGGGAAAGAUGUGGAGGGUCUUGGAAAGCACUCAGCAGAGAAAGAGUUGGAUUAUGAUGAUGACACCAUGGAGCUGAUCCUUCCAUCAGGUGCCAGAGUGGGUCACCGUUCCUUGAUGAGGUACUACAAGCAGCGUUUUGGUGUGACAAGAGACGUGGCUGUUGCGAAGAACAAGAAAGCCGUGGGUCGGGUGCUGCAGCAGUACCGAGCCUUGGGCUGGACAGGGCAGGCAGGGGCCGUCUCUGCUCAGCAGCGUGACAUGCAGUACCUGCAGAGGAUGAAGUCAAAAUGGAUGCUCAAGACAGGAAUGAGUAACAACGCUACAAAGCAGAUGCAUUUCCGGAUGCAAGUCAGAUUCUGAGCUCCAAAGAGAGCUGCUUACAACUGGUUAUGGGAAGGGGGGUUUAAUGGUUUCUGGGUUGCGGAUUCUCCUAUUAAAACGGACUCGGUACCUAUCAAAUGCUGAUAUGUUUGCAGGUGUGUCUUCCUCAGUAAAAAGAAGAACAGCAGGGAACUUGUUUUUUCUGAAAUAAUGGUGGGCCUAACUUAAAAAUAAAAUAUCUUCAGUGGA